AAGUACAGGAAUCAUGCGAGUUUUCGUGGUCAUUUUGUUCGUGGCUCUAGCUUCCGGCACCCCAGUGUUUCGUGCUCGAGAACCAAUCCCGAACAGCUACAUCGUUAAAUUAAAUGAUGGGGUGGACCUGGAGAAAACGAUUUCGACCGUAAAACGAGCAGGGGGCAAUAUCGGUAUUGUCUUUAGAAGGGCAAUCAAAGGAUUCCAGGCUAAACUUUCCGACAAAGCUCUUGAGCUGGUCGGAAAGCUCCCAGGAGUUGAGUACAUCGAGGAGAAUGGUGAAGUUCGAUCUCAGUCUGCCGGAUCAUGGGGCCUUGAUCGUAUCGAUGCCCACAGUACACUAUACGGCCCAGUUUUAGAUAAUAACUAUUCGCCUUUUUUGACUGGAGCUGGUGUAGAUGUGUAUGUGAUUGAUUCAGGAAUCUUAGACACCCACGAGGACUUCGGUGAUCGAGCAACUCAAGGCUUCUGUGCUUCCGAUCUCUUUGACUUUUUGGGUGGUGGAAACGUGGACUGCUAUGGUCACGGAACCCACUGCGCGGGUACUGUCGGCUCCAAAACUUACGGUGUAGCUACUGGUGUGAAUCUUAUAGGGGUCAAGGUCAUUGGUUGUUUAGGUUCCGGGUCAAUUGCGGGAGCUAUUGAAGGAGUGAACUGGGUUAUCGAACAAGCUACCCGCUUGAAAGCUCUCCGACGGCCAUCUAUCGCAGCCAUGCCUUUAGCCAUGUUUUACUCCAGAGCUUUGAACGAUGCCGUGGACGCCAUGGUCGAUGCUGGAAUCGAAACCGCGGUCGCUGCCGGCAACGAUCAAGUAGAUGCGUGCGACUACUCACCAGGCAGUUCUACGAAAGUAAUAACUGUAGGCUCAACCUAUGAUGAUACAGAUGUCCGUAUGGUCACAUCCAAUUACGGUAAAUGCGUCAACAUCUUCGCCCCUGGCGCCUUCACCAAGUCAACAUGGAUUGGUAGUAGCAACAAAGCAACCGAAACUCUGAGUGGUACCUCUAUGGCUUGUGCUCACGUUGCGGGUGCCCUGGCUCUUUACCUUACUGAAGAGGAACUAAUGCAUCAGAGUACAGCUAGUGUAGUGGGAGAUGCAGGUCUUGGGUCGCCAAACAGAUUCCUGUAUGUCCAUAAGAAAAGAUGAGGAACUUUACAAGACAAGACUUUGUAACUUCAAAAGUAUCCGCAAUAAUAGUAGAAUGAUGGAGCAUUGUAGAAAAGA